AGUUGUGUAACUUUCCAGCUUCUUCCAAGCAAAAACUCUCGCGGCCGAAGCUAGUUAGCUAGCCACAUCGGCUAAAACAGAAACAUCGAUCUAGUUUCGUUCUGGGUCUUUAAAAAAAGUUCACUUUUUGUGUAAAAGUGUCCGGUUUUAUCACACGGACACGACGAGGUGGAUAAAAAAAGAAGAAAAAAGAGACAAAAGAUAAUCGGGGGCGUUUCAGAAAUCAAACAUGUCCUCCUCUUCCUCCUCGCAGGCAUCUUCCAGGCGGCAAUGGUGUUAUCUUUGCGACCUGCCCAAGAUGCCUUGGGCCAUGAUCUGGGAUUUUAGCGAAGCUGUGUGUCGCGGGUGUGUGAAUUAUGAAGGUGCAGACAGGAUAGAAAUGCUAAUCGACACGGCGAGGCAGCUAAAACGCACCCAUGUGAUGCAGGACGGAAGGUCUCCAGGUCCGCAGCCGGGUAGUAAACACGGCCCUGGGGCGAAAGAUAGCGCACUGGAUGUGGGCAGAAACGCUGCUGAGCGAUUUGAACGGAGUAGAGGAGAAUUUGUACCUUCCAGGCUUCCUAAUGGACUUCCCAGGUUGGACGAUGGUGCUGUUGCAGAGGUUAGCAGGCAAAGUCCUAAUGCUAGAAGGACCAUGGUGGCAGGUGUGCCGCCCAAUCUGAUGGCCCAAGGUAUUGUGGGUACGCCGCAUGGGCUACUAAUCGGCACCAGACCUGGCGUUGCACCGCUCGCUAUAUCUGCACCAAUGCUGAGCGAACUUGGGAAAAGACAGGCAAUGGGUGUUGGGAUGUCUUUCGUGAGCUCAGACUUUGAGAAAGAUCUGAAGGAGAAACAGAGAAAUGCUGAAGCACUAGCUGAACUUUCAGAAAGUGUCCGAAACCGAGCCGACGAUUGGGCUGGACGUCCCAAAUCUGUUAGGGACACUUUGCUAGCGCUUUCCAGCUGCACACCAUUCAACGUGCGCUUUAAGAAAGACCAUGGCCUUGUUGGGAGGGUGUUUGCCUUUGAUGCCAAGCUUGGUGUGGAUUUUGAGCUCAAGGUGUUUGUCGAGUACCCGUGUGGAUCAGGCAAUGUUUUCUCAAGCCUGUUGGCGUUGGUGAAGCAGAUGUUCCAGGAUAGCCAAAAAGACUCUGGCAAAGUGAUCAGCUCAGGCUUUAAGUAUGUUGAGUAUGAGAAGCGACAUGGCAUUGGUGAUUGGCGUCUCCUUUCUGAGCUACUCAGCGAUGCUGUUCGGGCAUUUAAAGAAUCACCAAAUCCUGAGUCACUCCCUCAACCUUAUUUAGAUGCUGCAUGCGCCAUGUUACCCACCGCGCUGUGCCAUCUUGGACGUCCUGUUCAAGCCCGAAUGCGGCGACGAAAACCUUCUCCAGAUCCUGAUGGCUCAGAGAGAAUGACCACAGAGGAGCAGAUACGCCAGCACUGGUACCCAAGCAUGAGUGCCCACAUUCCCACCAGUUCUUUGGCCAGUGCUAUGUCUGGCCAGCCUCCAAAUCUCCAGGAGGUGGUUCCUGUUUCCCAUGGUAGUGACCCUUCACCGAUCAGUGCCCUCAUGAGUGUUGCAGACAAUGUUGGUGCUAUUAGCCAAUCGCCAAAAGACAUGCCAGGAAGCAGUGUUGCCCAUGCUUCCAGUGCAAGCCCAUCUUCAUCUGGGCAAAGGCGACUGGCAUCACGUAACGGUGAAAAUGGAUCUGGAACAGCCGCGGUCGCCACAGCGAUGCCCCCUGUUGCAGUGGCAGACCAAGGAUCUGAAAUCUCUGGAACAUCUGGAACUCCUCUUUGUUGCACCAUUUGCCAUGAAAGGCUUGAGGAUACGCAUUUUGUCCAGUGCCCUUCAGUACCUGUGCAUAAGUUCUGCUUUCCGUGCACCAGGGAAUUCAUCCGUAAUCAGGGCUCAGGCAGUGAGGUGUACUGCCCAAGUGGUGAUAAAUGCCCACUGGUGGGCUCCAAUGUACCAUGGGCAUUUAUGCAGGGGGAGAUUUCCACCAUCUUGGCUGGAGAUGUGAAAGUCAAGAAGGAGAGGGACCCUUAAUUUAAAGCAGAAAUGUGCAGUUCCUGAACCCCAAAGAUGAUCGCCACCACAGCACUGAAGAGAUGACUGUUCACAUGCACAUGUCCUCUUCCUCCAUUCAUCUUCUUCCCUCUGUUCACAACAAAGAAUCCUUCCACGAAUCAAUUGAUCCAUCCGUCCAUCCUCAUCAGUGUUGAGGAAUGUUUCCUGUGUCCGUCCAUCUUUCUUUUUAAGACGCCACAUUUCCUGACUUCUGCCCAUAGUAAAACCAACCUUUCACAUCAUAUCUCCUGCUCUAUCCUCUAACAUCCCUCAACUUUUAUAACUGUCAUCUCAAUACUUGUUUGCUCUCUCUCUCUCUCUCUCUCUCUCUCUCUCUCUCUCUCUCUCUCUCUCUCUCUCUAAAUUCAUUUCACUUCAGUUAUUGCAAUAUGUUUAGCGCUUUUAUUGAAGGCAUCCCGUUUUUACCCUCUUGUCCCAACUUUUCCUGUAUUAUUUACAAUAAAAAACCAACCUUCCUUCAUCUCCCUCUUUUGUGCUAUUUUCUCAUCAUCUCUGUAUCCGACACACUUUCUUUUACCCCUCCUUUCUAUCCAUCUUUCUCUUUACUUCACUUAUCGAUUAAUUUCAGUUCGAUUUAUUUCACUAUGUUUAAUAAUUUUAUCAUGAUUUUUCUUAUCACUCUCAUCCAUACAUUUUUCAUUUUUUAAUUAAUGCAUUUUAAUGGACAAUCAGUUAGAUAUGGUGCGCUUUUUUGACCCCAACAUGUUAUAGUGCUUUACUGCAGAGCUAAAUAAUAUUAUUUAGGAUUUUUAAUCAUUUUUUUUUUUAAAAACUUUAUUUUAGUAUUACUGAUUCCCGAAAUAUGAAAUAAUUAUUCUGAAUGAAUGUCCUAAAAUACAUAAUAAGUAAACGGUUUACCUACAGUUUUUCUUGUCUCAAAUAUAAUUGAUUAGCCCAUUUUAACAAGUACCUGAACUUUAUCUCACCUAAAAUUCUGUAAAUCCAGGGUGGAAUAAGGCCUUGGUGAGACGCCAGUCACUAAAUGUUUUCAAAAUGUUUCUUGGGUGAUUGAUUGCAUUUGUCAAAAGUACUAGCUUUGAUUUGUUUUUCUACCCACCUGUUUGUUGUUUUUUUUUUAACAGCCACAACAGCAGUAAAGUAGGCAUGUGCCGAUGAUAAAUCUGCAUACGGCAAAAACUGCAGUCAUUUUCUACUAUGGUUUCCAAAUAUUAAUGUUGUAUUGUAUUCGUUUUUACAUUGAUAGAUAUUAUAGUCUCAUCUGCCAUGGUUUUAUCUGAUGUACAAAAUUAUAGAGGGUUGUCUUAAAUACGGCAUAGAAGUGUGCUUACUCUACCACAGAUUAGAUUUUUUUUUUUUAAUUUUUAUUUAAAAUGCCACCUACCUAGGUAACUGUUUUUAAAAUCAGAAUGCAAGAAUCAUUCAAGUAAUUACAGCAAUGACGAACAGUGUGACACAUCAUAUCACAUUCGGUGUGCUUUUUUGGUUUGUUUUUAAUUAAACCAUAAUUGGCACAUGCCUACAGUGUUGUGGCAUUCUAUUGUAUUUUGGUUUUAUAUAUAUAUAUAUAUAUAUAUAUAUAUAUAUAUAUAUAUAUAUAUAUACGCUGCAUUAAAAGUGCAUGUAUAGUAGAAAUAUUUAUAUUUUAUACCAUAUAGAUUGUAAGAAAUAUUUGCUGUUAAUGGUUAUUAGAUGUGCACUUUCUAUAGAUUUGAUACCACAAACAAAACCAAAGAUAGCUGUGCUAAAAUGAUUAUAUAUUACAUGCUUA